UGGGAGGCUGCGACGCCGAGUUUCACUCCGGCAGCCUCGGCUGAGUCGGAGUCACUGUCCGGGUUUCUACCCAGGCCAAGUGGGAGCUGGAGCCCGAGUUCGGCAUUCAUCUGGGCCUUUUCCCUCGGCUCUCCUCGGACUCGGUGCCUUGGAAUUUGUGUCGCUGAGUCAGCAAGCCUUCAGCUUUGCCUGGUUUUUGUUAUUUGCCAUGCCUAUCAAGAUGGGAAGUGAGACAAGUUAUUCCUAAGGAUCUGAGUCUCCAUAUCAAGAAGGGACAGUUGGCGCCAGCCCUGCAGAGAGAGGAGAUCCCGGGGAGGAGAGGAAGAGGAAGAUCAGAACAUAUGCUUGAGGGCGAUAGUCUUGCACCUGUUUUUGUGGUGGACUAGGAGAAACAAGUUGGUCCACCGGAGGCACUUGGCAAUGAACCUGAGCCUGCAGCCCAGAGUGGUGUGAAGUCUUCAGGAAAGCAGAGGGAGUCCUGGGGAAGAUGGCCAUGGCCCCAAGCUCAUCCCUGCCACAGGUGUACCCCAGCCCCAUGGUGGUGGCAGUCUGGGAAUGGCAGGAUGGGCUGGGCACCUGGCACCCCUACAGCGCCACUGUCUGUUCCUUCAUUGAGCAGCAGUUUAUUCAGCAGAAGGGCCAGCGCUUCGGGCUAGGGAGCCUGGCCCACAGCAUUCCUCUAGGCCAGGCUGACCCCUCUCUGGCCCCUUACAUCAUUGACCUCCCCAGCUGGACCCAGUUCCGCCAGGACACUGGCACUAUGCGGGCAGUGCGCAGACACCUGUUUGCCCAGAAUUCUGCCCCAGGGAAGGGCAUCGUCUGGGAGUGGCUAGGUGAUGAUGGAUCCUGGACAGCCUACGAAGCCAGUGUCUGUGACUAUCUGGAGCAGCAAGUGGCCCAGGGUACCCAGCUUGUGGAUUUGGCUCCCCUGGGCUAUAACUACACCGUCAACUAUGCCACCCACACACAAACCAACAAGACUUCCAGCUUCUGCCGGAGUGUGCGACGCCAAGUGGGGCCAGCUUACCCGGCAACUGCUGUCAUCGCUCCCCCAGGCCAUACAGGAAUCGCCUGUUCUUGCCAACAGUGCCUCCAUGGUAGUGGAACUGGCCCAGUGUCAGGCCGCUACCGCCACUCCAUGACCAACCUGCCUGCGUAUCCUGCCCCCCAGACGCCCCACCGGACAGCCAUUGUCUUUGGGGCCCACCAGGCCUUUGCUCCAUACAAUAAACCCUCGCUGUCUGGGGCCAGGUCUGCGCCCAGGCUGAAUACCACCAACCCCUGGGGCACAACACCUCCUGCCCUGGGCAACCACUUCAUCUUCCGCACCAGCCUCUCCCACCUGGGACCACAGCUCCUGCCCUCAGGACCAUCCACUUCCAGUGGAGCCAGUGCCUCCCUCCCCAGCGGCCCCUCCUCCAGCAGCAGCCCAGGAAGUAUUCCCACCAAUGUGCCCGUGCAGAUGUCAAAGCCUAGCAAGGUCCAGCAGGCACUGGCAGGCAUGACGAGUGUGCUGUCAGCCAUUGGACUCCCUGUGUGUCUUAGCCGUGCACCCCAGCCCACCGGCCCUCCCGCCUCCCGUCCGGCCUCUAAAGGUCACAGUUCAGUUAAGAGACUGAGGAAAAUGUCCGUGAAAGAAGGGGCACCAAAGCCCGAGCCGGAGCAGGUGAUCAGAAAGUAUACCGAGGAGCUGAAAACGGCACCCGAUGAGGACUGCAUCAUCUGUAUGGAGAAACUGUCUGUAGCUUCCGGGUACUGUGAUGUGACUGACAGCAAGAACCUUGGGCCCCUGGCUGUAGGCCACCUCUCCAAGUGCAGCCAUACCUUCCAUCUGCUGUGCCUGCUGGCCAUGUACUGCAACGGGAACAAGGAUGGGAGUCUACAGUGUCCAUCCUGUAAAACCAUCUAUGGGGAGAAGACUGGGACGCAGCCACAGGGGAAGAUGGAGGUGUUCAGGUUCCACGUGUCCCUCCCAGGCCACGAGGACUGUGGGACAAUACUCAUUGUUUACAACAUCCCUCACGGCAUCCAGGGACCAGAGCACCCUAGUCCUGGGAAGCCAUUCACAGCCCGCGGCUUUCCCCGUCACUGCUAUCUGCCAGAUAACGCCCAAGGCCGCAAGGUCCUGGAACUCCUGAAGGUGGCCUGGAAGAGGCGACUCAUCUUCACCGUGGGCACAUCCAGCACCACAGGUGAAACAGACACGGUAGUAUGGAACGAGAUCCACCACAAGACAGAGAUGGACCGCAACCUGACAGGCCAUGGCUACCCUGACCCCAACUACCUGCAGAAUGUGCUGGCUGAGCUGGCCGCCCAGGGUGUGACUGAGGACUGCCUGGAACAGCAGUGAUGCAUCAGGCCUGCGGCUGCGAACCACCAACCACCCCCAGGUGGGCGGACAGGAAGGUGCCUUCUUUGAGAGGCUAGGAUAUUUGAGGUGCAGGAUGCACCACUUGAGAAGUAGGGGCUUCUCCCUGUCUCUCCUAUCACCCUCCCUUCUGGGCUGGGUAACGCCUGGGAAAUGGCAGCCCUCAGCAUUGUACCUGUGGAGGCUUAAGUUGGAGCUACCUCAGUGCAGGGACAGGAAGGGCCCUUUCAGCCUCAGGCUGGUGGACGGCCCAGCAAGGGGUGAGCAGGAACUGUCCCCCCCACAGCUUCUGGUCAGCUUCUCAUACCUCAAAUUUUGUUUGCAAUAAAGACCCUAUAAGCCAA